UUAUUCCAUGAAUUCUUAACUUUGCAGAAAUGUCUUAAUGAUCGACUUCCCCCUUUUAACCCAUCUUCCUGUACCUUCGAGUGAGGACCACCCCUAACUAAUUACCGGCAGAUCGAUAAUCAUCGAUGAGGGCUGUGCACGAGGCUUUUCGAAGCAGUUCAGGUUUGUCGACGAGCGAAGCAACAUUAAGAAUUGUGACUUCUUCGAUUUGCGUAAAUCUGGAUGCACAAAAAGGUUUGCGAUUUUUCGCUAGCGAAAGAAAUUCGUGAAAUUUCUCGUCAUUCAUUUUGCGAAUAAAAUGGAGAAAUAUGAAAAUAUCGAGAUAGUGGGUGAGGGAAGUUAUGGACUCGUGAUGAAGUGUAGGCAUCGUGAAACCGGACAAAUAGUGGCGAUAAAAAAGUUUUUGGAGACGGAGGAAGACGUGCAGGUGCGAAAAUUGGCGUUUCGCGAAAUAAGGAUGUUAAAGAAAUUGCAUCAUGAGAAUCUGGUGAAUAUGAUUGAAGUAUUUCGUCGAAGAAAGCGGCUCUAUCUCGUGUUUGAAUAUCUCGAUCACACCCUGCUUGAUGAAUUGGAGGAAAGUGUAAAUGGUCUCGACUUGGAAAGAUCGAGACAGCAUAUUUUUCAAAUACUUCGUGGCUUGGACUUCUGUCAUAAUCACAAAAUCAUGCAUCGCGACGUAAAGCCUGAAAACGUGUUGGUAUCGCCGAACGGUGUAAUCAAGCUUUGCGACUUCGGGUUUGCACGCUAUGUCACCAACGAGUCUUGUACUGAUUACGUGGCGACAAGGUGGUACCGCGCGCCAGAACUUCUCGUCGGUCAUUCCAAGUAUGGUAGAGAAAUCGAUGUUUGGGCGGUCGGUUGCAUCUACGCCGAGAUAAUCACCGGUCAGCCUCUCUUUCCCGGUGACAGUGACGUCGAUCAGCUGUAUCGUAUCACAAAAGUCUUCGGUCCUCUUUAUGGCAAGCAGCCGCCAAAUGGUAGCGCCCAUAUAAUUCUAUUUCGGCACGCGAAAGCUGAUGACGUUGCUGGUUUAACGCGAUCUACCGCGGCUCUCCGAAGUCUCUUUCCAACGUGGAGCUCGGUGGCAGUUGACUUUCUGGCGCAGUGUCUUCGUACGGAUCCUGUCGUCAGGCCAAAGUGCCUGACGUUGCUGCGUCAUCCGUUCUUCCUGCAGGAUGGUUUCGCCGACAGAUUCCUCGGCGAGUUGCAGCGACUUGUUGCGAAAGAGUCCGCGAUGAAUCCGCUUGGAACAAAGAGGGCGGAAACAGGAUCUUCCAGGAUCUGCCGUAGCAGCAUCGGAAGAUGGCAGAUGACGUUGAUCAAAGAGAGGCAAGCGGUGAAUACCAACAUGGUAGCGGUGAAUAACAACGUGGAACCCGAGACGACGGAAAGCGAGGAUUCGCGGGGAGAUCGAGUUAACGCAAAUGUCGCGAACAAGCUGCAAAUGAGUCGACCACGCGAAUUACGUUACUUCGGACCGGUCUCGGUAAUACCGAACACCACGUAUAUUCGACGGCUGGAGCACAAAGGGCUUCUGAUCCCUGAAUCGAAGGGCUGUGUCUUGCCGGCUCUAACGUCGAAGACGAAUGCCAAGAGAAAAAAGCUCGAUCUCCCCGGCGUGAAAAAUCGUUGAUCGUUGCUCAAUCAACAGCAUGCUUCUUUUUCGUGAUAUUAAUGCCGUAAUGAGGAAAGAAUGAAAGGACUGUACAGAGAAACACUCGUUAUAUGCGAGAGACGUUAAACGCGCGCCCACGUGUACAUACUUUGUAAAUAAAAAUGUAAAUGUGAAAUGUCGACAAUGCAUUUGCAAAUGCGAUUUUUUUCGUUCUGUAAGAAAGAAUAAAUAAUGAGAAAGUU